GCCAGCCGCGGGGCGACGAGCAGAGCCACCACCGCCCCUCCACCCACCAUGAAAAUCCUCCAGGAAAAAGUGGCCCCGGACGCGCGUGCCUGAGAAUUCCGCACAAAAGAGGUGCCCAAAAUGAAGACCCUGAUGCGCCAUGGUCUGGCAGUGUGUUUAGCGCUCACCACCAUGUGCACCAGCUUGUUGCUCGUGUACAGCAGCCUCGGAGGCCAGAAGGAGCGGCCCCCGCAGCAGCAGCAGCAGCAGCAGCAGGCGGCGACCAGCAGCGCGCAGCCCUCGGCGGAGACCAGCCCCCCGCCGCGCUCCCGGGCCCCCGCGGGAUUGCGGCGGCUGGAUGGAUACCUCGGCGUGGCUGACCACAAGCCCCUGAAAAUGCACUGCAAGGACUGCGCCCUGGUGACGAGCUCGGGGCAUCUGCUGCGCAGCCGGCAAGGGACCCAGAUUGACCAGACAGAGUGUGUCAUCCGCAUGAAUGACGCCCCCACGCGGGGCUAUGGACACGACGUGGGCAAUCGCACCAGCCUAAGGGUCAUCGCGCAUUCCAGCAUCCAGAGGAUCCUCCGCAACCGCCAUGACCUGCUCAACGUGAGCCAGGGCACCGUGUUCAUCUUCUGGGGCCCCAGCAGCUAUAUGCGGCGCGAUGGCAAGGGCCAGGUCUACAACAACCUGCAGCUCCUGAGCCAGGUGCUGCCGCGCCUGAAGGCCUUCAUGAUCACGCGCCACAAGAUGCUGCAGUUCGAUGAGCUCUUCAAACGGGAGACGGGCAAAGACAGGAAGAUCUCCAACACUUGGCUCAGCACUGGCUGGUUCACGAUGACGAUUGCGCUGGAGCUCUGUGACAGGAUCAAUGUUUAUGGCAUGGUGCCCCCAGACUUCUGCAGGGAUCCCAAUCACCCUUCAGUACCUUAUCACUAUUAUGAACCUUUUGGGCCUGAUGAAUGUACAAUGUACCUCUCACACGAGCGAGGACGGAAAGGUAGUCAUCACCGCUUUAUCACAGAGAAACGAGUCUUUAAGAACUGGGCGCGGACAUUCAAUAUUCACUUUUUUCAACCAGACUGGAAACCAGAAUCACUUACUGUAAAUCAUCCUGAGAAUAAACCAGUGUUUUGAGGAAUGAACAUGCCAGACCGAAGUCCUAAGUCCCAGUGCAUCAGACACCACUGCACUGAACUUCCUGAGCCACCAGAUAGGAAAGGGGAACAAAACUUGUAGCAGGAAACAGCAUCACUCCUCAAGAAGUACCAUGGACAGAUGCCCACCAGGCAUGACUACAAAGCAGUGCAGUUGGUAUUUAAGAAAAAUUUCCAGAACUAGUAUGUUCUAAUGAGUGUCGUCCCUUUCAGAGGGGUUACCUUAGAGCUGAACACUCAUUUUAAUGAUGCUGCCAUGGCUAAAAACAUUUUGGAUUUCUUUAAGUAUUGCCUUCAAAACCAAAACAUGAGCAACUCAACCAUAUUAGUUGCAUUCCGUUAUAGAAAUACCACAUCAAAAGACAUUUUUAUAAUCAAGUUGUAUCCUCUAACCUGAUCUAUAACCAUUGUCAUCUGUUGGACUCUGUAUGUGUGAUUUGUAAAAAGCAGCCUGAAAGUAUGGACAUAAUUUCUGAAGAGCACAUCUCCACUGACUUGCAUAAAACAAAUGUCCAAUAUUUAUUUAUUGAGAGUUUUUUAGUGCACUCUAGGCCAGUAUUUUUAUAGAUUAUGUGGUAAUUUAUCCUUUCUAACUUUUUGAUCCAAAUGAUAGCUGAGAAAGGCCUAGAAUUGGGUUGGUGAGUUAUUGUGAUCACAGUGCUCAUCGUUAGCAUGCAGUUGGUAUUUGGCUUGGAAAUGUUUGUUGCAUUUUUUGAAUACCUGGGCUUCAGGAAUUGCUCUUUCGUAGCAAGAAUAGCUCUGGUAUUUUCCAAUGUGCAGAAAUGCUCCAAAAUGACAACAUUUAAAACAAAAAACUGUGUAUUUAAAAAAAAAAGAUUCUAACAAACUCUUAAAUUCUACUCCAAAUCUAAAAUUCUAUGAGCCUUUCAUUGACCCAUUUGAGAACUUUACACUUGGAAUGCUAGGCUCCAAUAUUAGCAGGCUGUUAUUCUUUGUGGCCUUUUAUAUUCCUAUUCCCCUACUGACUGUCUUCCCUCUUGUGGUUAGAAACAUACUUCCUUCCCGGCCCAUUGGCUAAAUUCUACCCAUGCUUCUCUGGUGCUUCUUGCACCCCUGUCUGCCCCCCCCCCAAAAAAAGACACUUCCAUGGUAUUCCUGUCUAUAAGGGCAAGGACAUGUCCUUCUGUAAGGAGAAGAGAAUUCAAGGAGGUUCCAUAUCAUAGUACUCACUUAUCCAAUGAACUGUUCAGACUCCCUCACUGCAAAUCUUCAUAGAUUUUUAUUCACCAUCAUUCCCUGAUCUGGAAGAGUUUGAAGGCCUUAUUUUAUUCAGAGCCAAGAUCAAUUAGUAUUAAAGAUUUUCACUUAUACAAGUAAUAUUGUUCAAAAAUAGUCUUUUAAAAAAUAUGCCAGUGUUUUCUUUACACAUGGCUUAGGAGGCAUUAGUAUCUCUAAUGCCAAAUUUGGAGGCACCAGCAAAUUUUAUGUAUGAAACUGACAUUGUUUUAUAGAACAUGACCUAGCCUGUGAUUAAAAAAGAUUUCUCACAUUACCACUUCUUUCCCCUUUCCUUAAUUAGUAAUAUGAUUCCAUUCCCUUGGACUAACUGCAGGAAAAAAAGUACUAUUAAUUAUAUGGAUUACUGUUAUUGAGAUGCAAACACAGUACAGAUAUUUACAUAGCAAAACAAAGUUGAUAUUAUUAUUAUGUGGCUUAAGCUAUUAAAAGCCAGUAACAUUUAAAUGUCUGUCUAAAACACAGUGGAAUGUGAUCUUUAAAUUUCCUCAUAAUUACUUUGUUAUACUUUUUUUUAAUUAGAGAAGUUCUAGGUUUACAGAAAAAUCAUGCAGAAAAUACAGAGUUCCCGUAUACCCACCCCCCAUUAUUAACAGCUUGCAUUAGUAUGGAAUAUUUAUUACAAUUGAUGGAAGAAUAUUAUUAUAAUUGUACUAUUAACUAUAGUCUAUUGUUUACAUUAGGGUUCACUGUGUUGUACAGUCUUAGAUAUUUGUUUUAUAUUCUAGUAACAUUAUGUACAACCUAUGAUUUCCCCUUUUAGCCCCAUUCAACUAUGUAAUUCAACAUUGUUAAAUAUAUUCACAAUGUUGCGCUAUUAUCACCAUCAUCCAUUACCCAAACUCUUCCAUCACCUCAAAUAGAAAUUCUGUACAAUUUGAGCAUUAACCCCCACUUCUUUACACCCACCCCAGCCUCUGCUAACCUAUAUUCUAGUUUCUGACUUAGUGAAUUUGCUUGUUCUAAUUAUUUGAUAUCAGUGAGCUCAUACAAUACUUGUCCUUUUGUAUUUGGCUUAUUUUACUCAACAUAUUGUCC